AAAUUGUUUAAAGUUCCAUUUUGUAAUUUGUUCAUAUUUUAUAAACUUUAUAUUAAAACAUAGCUUAAUGAUUUUACAAUAAAAAUAUUGUCAAUAAAACUUAAACAUUAUGUAUUAAUUUGUGUUUUUAUUAUUGUCUGAUAUUUGCUACUUCUAAAGAAAAUAACAAUCUUACUACGGAGUAAAAUUUUCUGCUACAACAAGAAUCAAAAAUUGUCAUCAGUAAGUAACUAUACUAAGCCAACAAUGAACGAAAGUAGCAAACAAUCAGAAAUCAAGUUGGGGUUGAUUGAAAAUGAAUUAGUCAUUACCCAUGAAAAUAAAGAUAUAGCGAUUAUAAAAAAAGAAUCUCUUAACAAUACUUUGCCAACUACUGAUGAAUGUGGCAAACAAUUAGAAGUGAAUGUGGAUCUUGUUGAUAACGAAUUUAGCAUUACCAAUAGAAACAAAGGUAUAGCAUGUAUAAAGAAAGAGUUUAUCAUAGAAAAGUAUGAGCCCAAAUUAGCGGUAAAUUGUAUAUCAGAAACAGAUAAAAGCAAAAUAAAUGAAGAUGAGCCUCCAUCUAAAAAACAAAAAUGUAGUAAAAGUGUGUUAAAAGGUCAAAACAAAUCACGAAAUUGUACUUACUCUCAAAACGUACAUGACCAUUUAUGUUCAAAUCUUGUUGAAGGCACUGAUAAAGGUUCAUGCCCUUAUGACAAUUGCAAAUUUUUGCACGAUGUUAAACAAUAUUUGGAAAAAAAACCUGAUGAUAUUGACAAUACAUGUUAUGUAUAUUCCUUAAAAGGUCGUUGUCCUAGAGGACUUACGUGUAGAUUUGGUAGAAAUCAUAUUAAAAAUGAAGCUAAUGUUGUAGAUCAAGAUAAAUAUGACAUUUGGAUACAAAAAGAAAGUAGUUGUAAAAGUUUAGGAAAAGAAAAUAUGUUUAAAUUGCGUAAAAAAACAUAUGAUUUUACUAAAAGCAAUGAAGCUGUCAAAAAAAUUGAUAAUAAUAAAAAUAUUGGACCACUAAUAGAAGAAAAUGCUAGGCAAAUAAAUUGGAAUAAUAAAUUAUACUUGGCACCAUUAACUACAGUUGGGAAUUUACCAUUUAGAAGGAUUUGUAAGGAAUAUGGUGCUGAUAUUACGUGCAGUGAAAUGGUUUUGUCUUCAAGCUUAUUACAAGGUCAUAAUCAAGAAUGGGCUCUAACUAAAAGACACGAGUCAGAAGAUCUAUUUGGUGUUCAAAUUUGUGGUAAUAAUCCAUACAUGUUAACUAAAAGCGCACAAGUUCUUCAAGAAAAUGUAGAAAUGGACUUUUUAGACCUUAACCUAGGAUGUCCAUUAGAUCAAAUAUAUCGACAAGGUGCAGGUAGUGGUUUGUUACUAAGAAAUAAAAAGUUAGAAGUUUGUUUAAAAAGUAUGCGAACUGUACUUGAUGUUCCACUUACUGUUAAAACCCGCUCAGGUGUAAGUAAAGAUCAAAAUUUAGUGCACGAGUUAAUACCGAUGUUCAAAGACAGUGGAGUUUCUCUUGUUACAGUUCACGGGAGAUCAAGAGAACAAAGGUAUACAAAAAUGGCAGAUUGGAAAUAUGUAAAUGAAUGUGCAAAGCUAGCUAGUCCUAUACCAGUUUUCAGUAGUGGAGAUGUAAUGUCAUAUGAAGAUUAUGAAAAUUCAAAAAUUGAACACCCAGAAAUUUCAGGUGCGAUGAUUGGUCGAGGAGCUCUAAUAAAACCUUGGAUUUUUAGAGAGAUUAAAGAAAAAAGACAUUGGGAUAUAAGUAGCAGUGAACGAUUUGAUAUGUUAAAAAAAUUUGUCAAUUAUGGCCUUGAGCAUUGGGGUAGUGACACUAGAGGUGUAGAAACAACGAGAAGAUUUUUAUUAGAGUGGCUAUCAUUUUGUUAUCGUUAUAUACCUGUAGGUAUUUUAGAAUGUGUACCACAAAAAGUGAAUGAAAGACCUCCAAACUAUAGAGGAAGAAACGAUUUAGAGACAAUUAUGGCCAGUGGAAAUUGUGCAGAUUGGAUAGAAAUCAGUAAAAUGCUAUUAGGACCUGUUCCUGAUGGUUUUCAAUUUUUACCAAAACACAAAGCAAAUUCUUGGAAGUAGUAAAAUUUGAGACGUUCUGAUAAUUUUGAAUCUUAAAUUAUGUUAUGUAUAUCUAUUCUAUGAUAUGAGUGAAGUAUGAAAAAUUCUUUAAUCUUCGAAUUUUGUUUAAUUUAUCUUCAACUAUUUAAGAUUAUUUACCUGAAAUUAAUAUUAUACCACAAAUGUUAUUGUGAU